UCUGAACAUAGAAGCUUCACCUGGAGUGCCACGGCACCGCGCCGCUGUCUCCCCGGAGCUCAGGGAUGGAGGGGCGCACCCUACUCCGCGACCAGGCGGCACCCAGCGCGUCCGCCCCCACUGGCCGCUCCGCCUCGCAGGCGACGGGGGACGAGGCCGCGGCUAAAGUCGGUGAGCGCGCGCCGCCGCCGCUGCCCCAAUUAUCAAAAAGGAGUUGUGUCUCAUGCAAUUCAAAGGAUUUACAAGCCAUGUCAGAAGAUUCUGCUAAAACGUUGCUAGAGCAGGUGGCUGGUUGGGAGGUGAAAAAUGAGGGUGGCAUUCUGAAAUUGCACAGGGCAUGGAAGGUGAAGAACUUUGCCAAAGGGCUUGAGUUCUUUCAGCUUGUUGCUGCUGUUGCCGAGGAAGAAGGUCACCACCCAGAUCUUCAUCUUGUUGGUUGGAAUAAUGUGAAAAUUGAUGUGUGGACUCACUCAGUCAGUGGUUUAACAGAUAAUGAUUUCAUCCUUGCUGCAAAGAUCAAUGAACUCAAGCUAGGAGACCUUUUGAGCAAGAAAAAAGCUACUGCCCAGGAGUAGCUCUCGUGAAUCAAAAGAUAUCCUUUUGUAUUUUGUCACAAUUGCAUAUGCCGCUCCAAAAGCAGGAUUCGUCCAGUAUAUAUUCUGGGAUAAAUGAUGGUUUGGCGAUGCUAUUGGUUCUUCAUGAGAAGUUCAAGGAGGAUUUCUGAUAUUAUUUUAUUGUUAAUGAGUCAUGCCAGUAAGCUUUCUGUAUUUGUUCGCCGUGAGGAGCAAUGGGGCAUUGCACACUUACCUAUGUAUACUGCUACCUGAUUAUCGUUGGUCUUUUGUAUAAAUAAAGGCCUUGCUAUCAUUAUGUAUGGUCCUUCUUCCCCAAUGUGUAUUAUGAAUGGUCUUUUGACCUGCGGAAUGUAUUCCUAAUCCUGAUCUAUAGAACUGCCUUCCUGAACUUGAUAUCUA